GAGUACCUAGAUGUUAUAUUGGUUCCAAUAGGACUAUUAAUCAUGUCUGGUUACCAUCUUUUCCUGUUGUACAGAUGCCUAAAGUUACCUCAAACUACAGUAAUUGGAUAUGAAAACCAUUGCAGGAAAGUGUGGGUUGAGCGAAUGCUGCAGAUUGAGGCAAAGGAAAGAGGCAUGUCCUUGACAGUGAUCUCUACCACAAUAUCAGCAGCAACUUUCCUAGCAUCGACCUCCUUGGCUCUGAGCUCUUUUAUUGGAGCAUGGAUUGGAAGCUCCUUGAAUAGUGUUUUCACGGCCAAUUUCAUUUAUGGGGAUACGAGUCCUUCCAUGAUUUCCGUCAAGUACAUUAGCCUCCUCAGUUGCUUUCUAGUGGCUUUCGAGUCCUUUCUACAAUGCAUGAGGAGUUCAGCCCACGCCAUUUUCCUCAUGAGCAUGCCAAACAGUGAUAUUCCAGUGGCCUAUGUCCAGAAGGCAGUCAUAAGGGGAAGUAUUUUCUGGUCAGUCGGUUUACGGGCAAUCUACUUUGCGACCAAUCUGCUGCUAUGGAUUUUUGGUCCAAUUCCAAUGUUUGUAUGCUCGGUUACUACGGUGGUGAUUUUGCACAAUCUUGAUACAAAUUCAACCCCUUUGCAUCACUUUCAGCCUAAAAAGAAUCUUGACCUUCGCAAAAUGGGCGACAGUGCAGCUGAUGCCAUGAGAGGAGUUGAACACCCUGAGAAUGUGCAGGAAGCAAAAGGCACAGGUUCUGUUUCAAUUGGUUAAAAACUGGUUAAUGCCACGCUCAUGUCAGCAAGAGAGUGCCCGACGAAGUCACAGCUUGAAAUGACAGACAACAUUGAACCGAAAAUGUUUGGCUGACUGGCAACCAAGAAAAGAGUGGGGAAAUCCUCAAUGAAAUCUUGAGAUUUGGGAAGGAGUUGAAGCCACAAAAGUACACAGAUCUGGUGCUGGAUCUCUACUGUUAUAUCUGGGAUAUUACAAAGUCUGACUUCAGAAAAUUUCGUAUGUUCUGUGUUUGCGAGGAUUGCGCUUAUCCUCAUUACUCUGAUUGGUGGGCAAUAAGAAAGUCUGGCCUGGA